CACGCCUUCUACGUUAUCAACGAUAACGACAAGACCAACAGAAAUAUAACACCAAAGAAGACAUUACCUACACUCGCAUCGUGAUAUCAUAAUGUCCAGCCAUUCGGGGACAAUUGGCCGCAAACGUGGUGGCAGCGGUAGUGGCGGAAGUGAAUAUUAUUUUACUGGUGGCGAACAUGCCAUACGACGGCAGCGUUCAGCUGAGUGGCACAGUAGACAUGCCUACAACAGCAGCAGUGAGGACGAAUAUCAGAAUACGGGUCAAGCAUCAGCAUUCGAUACGCAAUUGUUGGCACAGCUGUUAUUGCAAAGUCAGCAAUUGGCAAAUCUCGAUCGCUACAAUUCCGACUUCGAAAACGAAGAACACUUAUCUUCACGACUGAAUGAAUAUCCCUCCUCAUCGCAUCGUGAUGCCUCUUUAAAUGCCAAUGCCAGCCAAUCGUAUUUACAGCAUCUACAACAGGAGAGCACUGAGCUCUGUUCGCCGCUGAAACAAACAUCUACUGCCAACAUGCAUACGCCCACAACCGUACCAACAACAACCACGACUGCCAACAAUAAAUUUCUAAAUAAUGCCAAUUUGGGGUUUCUCCCUACGACAACACGUAGUACAAAUCCGUUUCUCAACCCCAAAUACGAUUCGCAAUCGAAUUCCGACUCUCUCAGUGAUCGCAUAUCGUUUUCGGGUAGUUCGGCCAUACUGGAUCGUUUGCAAAACGCCACUGACUUUGUAACGGGUAACGCUACUGCCGUGCAGUCCGUAAUGAAUAAUGCAUUUUUAAUGCCCGCUAGUUCGACGGCGAACAGUUUAAAUCCGAAUUCAACGCGUGCACAUCGUUCGAAAUCGGGUCGUGCCGGUGGCAAUCGUGGUACAAGUGGCAUGACUUCAUCCAGCAGUGCUACGUCUUCCAAUAGUAAUGCUACCCUAAGCAAUGCAAACAGUCGUAAUGAACGUGAUAAAUUUAAAUUGCAACAACUUCAAAUGGAAUUACGUGAAUUUUCUGAGUCAAAUAUUGAAAGCUCAAAUGCUUCCAUGUUAAAUGGUGUUGGUGUGUCGGGGAUAAAUGGUGAAUUGGAUGAGUUGCAUAUGUCGGGUGGUGAAGAAACUGAACCACCACCAGAGCCAGCACCACCAGAGAUUCCACCACGUACACAAUCGCUUUUAAUGUCGCUGCGAAAGCAUUCGGAGUAUAAGCUUAAAUAUGAGGAGAAAGGCGACCAGAAACAUGAGGAAUUUAUACCAACAAGUCAAUUGCAGCAAAUACAGCAGCAGCCGCAAGUUCAUCAACAGCAACAGAAGGAUUAUUUAAUUGCUGAUACAACAGUACGAUGCAGUGAAAGUCAAUCCAAGUCGAUUGCAUCCAACAGUGAUACGCAGAGUCAGCAAGGAUGCAUUUAA